GUGUACCUGUUGAAUCCUAUAGACAACCUGAGAAGCUACAUCAACAACCGUCCGCCGCUGGUCAUUUUUAUGAUCAGCGUCAGCGCGGUGGCCAUUGCCUUCCUGACCAUCGGUUAUUUCAAGAUUAAGGAGAUCAAGUCUCCGGAGCUGACGGAGGACUGGAACACCUUCCUGCUGCGCUACAACGAGCUGGACUUCUGCGUGUCGGAGAACGAGACGAUAAAGCACGGCCUGAACGAGUCGACCACGCCGGAGAGCAUGGUGGUGACCAGCGGUCAGGCUCGCUCCAGCACCCAGGUCCCCCUCCUGCUGGAGGACUCGGGUCCCAUCAACAUCUCGGUCCCCAUCACCCUCACGCUGGACCCCCAGCGCCCCUUUGGAGGCUACUCGCGCAAUAUCACUCAUCUGUACGCCACGGUGCUGGGGCAGCAGGUCGGCCUGUCUGGCCGGGAAGCCCAUGAAGAAAUAAACAUCACGUUCACCCUGCCUGUAUCCUGGAACUCAGACGACUGUGUGCUGCACGGACACUGCGAGCAGGUGGUGUUCAGCACUUGCAUGACCAUCACGGCGGCCAACAAUAUCUUUCCAGUCACAGUGCAGCCGCCACACUGCGUACCAGAGACGUACACCAACGCCACAUCCUGGUACAAGGUGUUCACCACAGUCCGUGACUCUGACACCAAGUACAGUCAGGACUACAACCCCUUCUGGUGUUACAAAGGAGCCAUCGGCAAGGUGUACCACGCACUCAACCCAAAGCUUACAGUCAUCGUGCCUGAUGACGACCGUUCCCUCAUCAACCUGCACCUGAUGCACACGAGCUACUUCCUGUUUGUCAUGGUCAUCACUAUGUUCUGUUACGCAGUCAUAAAGGGACGACCUGGCAAAGUACGACAAACCAACCCCGACUUCUGCCCUGAGAAGGUACAACAGUCACCAGCAGUGCUUUAUGACGUGAACAGGUGGCGUUGUCAGAGGGUUAAACAGACACCCGAGAGAUGUGUGAGAACUUACUUGUGACACGGACAAAACUCCAAGAAACAGAAGAAAUAAAAAAAAUAAAAAAAAUAAACAUACCAGUUGCCUAGUGAACCUUGGAAAUACAAUAAGGGGACACAAAAGCUCUGUGAAUGCAUUAUCCUUGCAAUGUUGGGUUUCUCCAACCAAAGAUAUACAAGUGCCUGUAUCUGUCGUGUAAAUAUUUGUAGGAACUCUGAUAUUCUGUGCAGAACCUUCUGUUCUUUUUCUCUCGUUUGGUUUGUUUUUUGUUUCUAUUCGAUUGUGUUUUUUUUGCCCGAGUCCCCCGUGUGCCAUGUCAGAACAUGCAGUACAUCCAUCAAAGCAGAAGGCCAGACCCCAAGAACUGCACCGCCAUUCAUCAUAUCAUCAAGACUCAUUUAUCGAGCAGGUUAAAAAAAACAAGAGGAAACGGGGAAGGCUGCACGGUGGUGCAGUGGUUAGCAAGGAGGUUCCUGGUUUGA